GCCGCUGCGCAAAGCUCAGAGGGGCUCGUUAAAAGAGAAAAAGGGAAGUAUAAGCUGUUCGUCCAAGCCACAUCAGUUCUUGGGAUUUUGAGUCCACUUUUCAGGAACAUUCAACAGUUGGAACAGAAGAUCAGAAAUGUUGGCUGCAUUGGCACUGACAGUGCUCUGGAUCAGAGCAGGGCUGGCACAGGAGGCGGAUUCAGCUGUUUCAAUUACGCGGUGUUCUGAUGGCUAUCGACUGGACCGCUCAUCGGGACAAUGCAGAGAUAUUAAUGAGUGCCAGACCAUCCCAGAUGCCUGCAAAGGGGACAUGAGGUGCAUUAAUCACAAUGGUGGAUACCUGUGCCUGCCAAGGACUGCAGCGCUCGUUUUGGCGAAUGGGCCCUCCAAUCCAACCUACUCCAUGUCGUCACAAUCAAGGUACUCAGAAAGACAAAGUUCAUCCGUCUACCAGCCGGCCUCCAUUCCCAGAUAUCCUGCCCGAACUAGAUCUCUGAUCUGUCGCUUUGGUUACAGUGUGGAUGAAAACAACAACUGUGUGGAUAUUGAUGAAUGCACGGCAGGAACUCACCAAUGUAAUCCCUCGCAGAUCUGCAUUAACACAGAGGGAGGCUACAGCUGUUCCUGCACAGAAGGUUACUGGUUAGCUGACGGGCAGUGUAUGGACAUCGACGAGUGUCGGCAUGGAUACUGCCAGCAACUGUGCGCUAACAUUGCUGGCUCCUACUCCUGCCAGUGUAAUUCUGGCUUCCUCCUCAAUCCUGAUGGGAGAUCAUGCCAAGAUGUGGAUGAGUGCGCUGGAGAAAAUCCCUGUGGACAACAAUGCAUCAACACCUACGGUUCCUUCCUCUGUCGCUGUGAUACUGGAUAUGAAUUAAAUUCAGAGGGAAUGGGCUGUGAUGAUAUCAACGAGUGCAGCUUCUCAGAGUUCCUCUGCCAGCAUCAGUGUGUGAACGAGCCAGGCGACUACUACUGCAUCUGCCCCCAAGGCUACACCAUGUACAGCGACAACAGGAGCUGCCAAGAUAUCGAUGAGUGUGAGACGGGUAACCACACUUGCCAAGAAGAACAAAUCUGCUUCAACAUUCCAGGGACGUACAAGUGCCUGGACCCGGUGCGCUGCCAGGAUCCCUACAUACAGCUGAAUGAAAAUCGGUGCAUGUGCCAUGGAGACAACCCUGGAUGCACAGAUCAGCCAUUCACCAUUCUGUACAAAUACAUGGACAUGGUGUCGGGAAGGAGCGUCCCCUCAGAUGUCUUCCAGAUGCAGGCCACAGCCCGCUAUCCCGGAGCAUACUACAUCUUCCAGAUCAAAUCCGGGAAUGAAGGCAGAGAGUUCUACAUGAGGCAAACUGGGCCCGUCAGUGCUACAGUGGUGAUGACCCGUCCAAUUAGAGGGCCUCGAGACAUUGUGUUGGACCUGGAGAUGGUCACCGUGAACACCGUCAUCAACUUUCGCGGGAGUUCAGUAAUCAGACUGACAAUCUUUAUAUCUGAAUACACGUUUUAAAGCCGUUGGGUUUCCCAGGGCUAGAGGUUCUACAUCUAUGUUUUAUUGAGUGAAUGUGUCACUGUUGUUGCUAAGGCAGAAAGCUGCUUUCGAUAAUACAUUGUAACUGUAUAGAUUCUUAAUUCUGUCUGCUUUUCUCCCCUGGCUGGGUCAGAGUUAUUGUACAGCUACCCAUGAAUAGAAAUGCGAUGCCUUCAAGCAGCAGUAUAUUCAGGAAGGCAUUGUGAUGUCCUUAGCCCUUGUUUAUCCAUUAGGAUGUAAGACAUAGGAGCAGAAUUAGAUCUUUCGGCCUAGUGAGUCUGCUCCAACAUUUGAUCGUGGCUGAUUUAUCUGCCCUCUCAUCCCCAUUCUCCUGUCUUCCCCCCAUGACCUUUGGCACCCUUAUGUCAAUCAAGGAUGACAACAGUAUAUAAAAGGCUAGAGAGAAUUGUCAAGAGCAAUUUUUAUAAUAUAUACGUAUUUGAGUUUUGUGAAAUAGUUGGCAUAAUUAAGGCUAAUUUUAUGAUCCGUCAGUCACUACAGUGAGAACUAGUUGGCCCUCUCCCUGAUUGUUGCAAUUCCGAAAACAAAAGAGCAAAUCUCAAUGGCAUUAGUUAGGUAAUCCCAGGACUUCGCCCAGGUAGAAAUGAAAUAACAAAAACCUAAUACUCUGCGACGUGGCAGACAACAAUCUCAUGAGCAGCGCAAGUGUGACCUGCAAGCUCAAUUUCAACAUUUAAGAGAAGUUUGGAUAGGUACAUAGAUGAUAGGGAUAUGGAGGGCUCUGGUCUCAGUGUAGGUCAGUGGGAUUAGGCAGUUUAAAUGGUUCAGUAUGCACCAGAUGGGCCAAGUGGCCUGUUUCUGUGCUGUACUUUUCUAUGACUCUGUGACUCUAUGGCAUUGACACCCCUAUCCUUGUUAGUGGUAAAUGCUGUAGGGGUUGAGAUGUGCCCUUAAGGGUCCAAGUCCAAGUCUUUGGACUGAGAAGAGCACAAAAUCAUUACCUAACUUUUGUGACAGAUGAUAUCCUCACUAUCAUUGUCCGCACAACACUGAACAAUCUCCAUACCCACACCUACAUGAUUAAUCAUUAGUUACACCCUUCAGGUUGAAUAGAGUUUUGAUAAAUUAUGAACUUUGUUGUAUAUAGAAGAAUUAUGGUUCCACAAGCAGCCUGGUAUAGUGUGUUAUACUCUGAGAUCAUUACGAGCAUUAUAACAGGGGUUACCCAUUAUUAAGGACAUUGUAGUUCGAAGAAGACAGUACAAAGUCCCAGGGGAGAAUUUUUUUUCUUAUCUUGUAUUUCACAUUUUGUGAAGGAGAAGUGGAAGUGGAGUUAACAAAUAUUAAAUCAAAAAGAAAGAUAAGACCCUGGAUAAGAAAGAGGAAGGGAAUUAGUGGGCUUGCUCCUUCAGUCACCCAGAACAGUCGCAGAGUUCAUAAACAAGAAGCUGGAAAAUCCAGAGUAACACACACACAAUGCAGGAGGAACUCGCCAAGUCAGGGAGCAUCUGUGGAAUUAAAUAAAGAGUCAGCGCUUCGGGCUGGGGCCCGAAGAAAUGUCAACUUUUUAUUUUAUUCCUUUCCAUAGAAGCUGCUCAGCCACUGAGCCACAGUGUACUACAGUGUAGAGGGAGGGUGAAUCAAUAUCUACAUACCAAGAUCAGUCCCUGAAUAACACAAAGAUUCAUGUAUUUGUCCUGCAGCUCAAAACUCUGGAAUCUGACAUCUGCAGUUAAUAAAUGCCCAACACAAUGCUGUCAGGCAUAAUAUCACAAAAGGUUUCAGAUGCCUCAGUCACCGUGAGACAUUGAUCAUCUCAUCUGCAUUACUUCAAAUCUGCGCUCUUUGCCUUCAGAUAUUUUCCUUUUGUUCAAAGCAACGGGUAUCUAUAUUAAUCACAGAAACCUGGAGCCACCCUGUAAAAUCCUAAACAAGCAUGGUGACUCAUAAAGAGCUUAAUGGCAGACUAUUAUAUUGCCACCCAUAUUACACGUUGCUUCAGGCAGUAACAAGUGGCCUGAUUCUGCAGCAGAUAAAACACUGAAGUCAUGGAACGACGUUGGUUAAUUAAUUUCACCCAACUAACAAUACAUCCUUAUUGUCUCAAGUAUGUCACCAUUUUGUAAAGCAAACUCUUCUAUAGUUCUUCCUAGCAUCUGCUAUCUUCCUAACUUGGUUCUCAAUUUGUGAUGUUGUAACAACAACAAUAACUUGACCUAAUGUCCCACCUCUAAUGUAGUGAAAUGUUCCAGGACGCUGAACAGAAUUGUUGCCGAGUGAGGUUAUUUGACAGCGAAAUGAGGGCGGAUAGUGAAAGGCUCAAUCAAAAGGGUAGCUUGGUCAGACCUUUUAAAGGAGCUGAGCGAGGCAAGUAGUUAGAGGUCCUUAAGACCCUUCAAAGUUCAAAGUAAAUUUAUUAUAUGUCACUGAAUCCUACCUUCAGAUUUGAUUUCAUGAAGACAUUUACAGGAAAAUAAAGAAAUACAAUUGAAUUUAUGAAUGACUAUAAAUAACAAAGACUGACAAACAACCAUUGUGCAAAAGGAGACAAAUUGUUCAAGUAAUAAAAAAAAGAGUAAAAGAUAACACUGAGUUGUAGAGUCCUUGCAAGAGAGUCCAUAGGCUGUGGAGUCAGCGAAGUUAUCUAUGCUGGAUCAGGACCCUGAUGGUUGGAGGGUGUAAACAGUUCCCGAACCUGGCGCUGUGGGACCUACCUCCUGCCCGAUCGCCGUAGCGAGAAGAAAGCACGGCCUGGUUGCUGUUCUCGCUGGUUGGAGUUCAAAUCAGGUCCACAUUCUCAGGAUCUAGAUUAGAUUAGAUUAUGAGAACACUCAGUCCUCUUUUUAUUGUCAUUUAGAAAUGCAUACAUGCAUUAAGAAAUGAUACAAUGUUUCUCUGGAGUGAUAUCACAGAAAACAGGACAAACCAAAGACUAACACUGACAGAACCACAUAAUUAUAACAUAUAGUUACAGUAGUGCAAAGCAAUACAAUAAUUUGAUGAAGAACAAACCAUGGGCAUGGUAAAUAAAGUCUCAAAAGUCCCCGAGUCGAUCGACUCCCGAGUCCCCAAUAGCAGGCGGCAAAAGGGAGAAACUCCCUGCCAUAAACCUCCAGGCACCAACAACUGCCGAUGCCUUGGAAGCAGCCGACCACAACCAACACUGAGUCCAUCCGUCUGAAAACUUCGAGCUUCCGACCAGCCUCUCCGAUACAGCCUCCCGAGCGCCUUUGACUUCACCCCGGCCGCUGAAACACGCAAAGCCGAGGAUUUCGGGGCCUUCAGCUCCGGAGAUUCCGAUUACCACACAGUAGCAGCGGCAGCGAAACGGACAUUUCAGAACUUUUCCAGAUGUUCCUCCGUGCUCUCACAUCUGUCACCAUCAAAUCAGGAUUGUGCACGGUCCCCUACUUGACAGAUAACAGACAUCAUCACUAAAGUGGCCGCGUGCACUGCCGUCGCGCCGCCAUCUUCUCCUCCCUCCCUUCUAGAAGGUUUAUGUGAGUGUAAGAAGUUAAGAGGGAUGAGGGAUUGAUAGUGGAGAUUGAACUGGUAGUAAGACCACAUGACUAUACGACAUUGGAGCAGAAUUAGGCCAUUCGGUCCAUUGAGUCUACUCCACCAUAGCAUCAUGGCUGAUUUAUUACCCCUCUCAUCCCCAUUCUCCUGCCUUCUCCCCAUGACCUUUGAUGCCCUGACUAAUCAAGAACCUACCAACCUCUGCUUUAAAUAUGCCCAAUGACUUUGCCGCCAAGCUGUCCAUGGCAAGCACUGUGUAGUGUGUGCAUGGGUCUUGGAGCUACAAAACACAGAUGUUUGGAGGAGACCAAGUUUAUGUAGGAUGGUGUUCCACCAGAAUAAUCUUAUCCAUCAGCUCCAAUCGUCGUGGUUUCCAUGCCAUUGGAAUCAGUUGGUUGAUUUGUGAAGUAUCAUGUGCUUCUUGGAGUGCAACAUCAAGUGCACAUUAAACAAAUACACGCACAGGCGUCUUCACCCUGUGGGCCACUUCCUCAGAACGAAGACCAUAACCCUCAACCUCGAGGGAUAGCCACGACAAUGACAACAGGUAACAAAGCCAUAGAUAAGACCACCCAGUAACCAUUUGAACUGAGACACCAAUAGGGUUAGCAAUGUUACGGAGAGAGGUAGACUUACAAAGAUGUGCCAAAUGGCCUAAUUCUGCUCCUAUGUCUUAUGGUCUUAUCUCAGCACUCAAACCCUCCCAGUGGUACAACCAGUCUAGGCCAGCUUCAUUCAGCCUUCUGGAUGGCCAGAGAGCUGAAUGUGUGGCAGGACCAAAGACAAUGGCUGCCAACUUCACCAUAUUUAUUCAUUGUAUAUUUCUGCUUAACAAAUCUGAGGCAGUGCAGUAGCUCACAGAGGUGCCAGACAGAAAGAACCAAGAGUCAACAGGGGAGACGAGAAAGUGUCCUUGAAUGAUAUCGGCAAACAUUAGAAUACAGAUGAUAAUCGAAAGCCCAAAGGGUGGAUCCAUGGAAGAUUGAGAGCUCCACUCCAGCAUAGUGAGUACCAUGACGCUAUUACAGCUUGGAGUGUUGGACUUCGGAAUUCAAUUCUGACAGUGUCCAUAAGGAGGUUGUACAUCCUCCCCGUUGAACGAGAGGGUUUCCACCGGGUGCUCUGGUUUCCUCCCACAGUCCAAAGAUACACCGUUAUCAGGUUAAUUGGUCAUUGUCAAUUAGGCUAGGGUUAACUAGGAGAGUUGCUGAGUGGUGCAGAUUGAUAGGCCUGUUCUACGCAGUGUCUCUUAAAUAAAUAAAAUAACAUAGACAAUCUGAAGGUAACGACAAAGGAAUGAGCAGAGAAUUCUUCAUGGGCGUUGCCCUGGCUACCUUUUGGUAAGAAUGAAACCAAGAGAGACCGGCUCUAUCUGACUGGAGGAAGAAGAGAUUCAGGCCAACAGACUUGGAAGGAUAGGUUACCACUGACACAGAUUGUAAUGAACGCCAUUCACGAUUUUGAUAAGCCAGUUCAAUGCUGUGACAAGGCCAGGUCCUUUGAUCUCUCUCUCUCUCUCCCUUCCUUUACAAUGACAGAAAAUGAUCAGGAUCCAGAAACUCGUUGUUAAUAAGA